GCAUACUACCGGCCAUGUAGUCAACCUGGACCGCAUGUUCUUUACUAACGCACACAAACACACACCGAGACACGCUCGAUCGCCUGUUUUCGAACCGAUCCGGACCGCGUACCACAUGGGGACAUUGGUUCAAGCUGACGGCGCAUGAGCAUCUGUCUACCCAAACACUGGGAUUUCGCCGUAAGCGCGUCACAUUGUUUAAAUUUAGCAUGAUACACACACAUUCACGCACGCAGUGGCCAGUCAACAUUUUGGGAGAGCAUCUAAGGAAUGCCUCUGAAUUUUCCCGCUUAUUAAAACACAUCUUAGCAUAUAAAACUGACCUCUCUCUCUCUCACACACUCUCUGUUGCUCUCUUUGUGUGUCGCUAACAACAACGGGAAGAGCUUCAGCUACGCACACUACGAUCGGACCGCAUUUCCACGUUACGAAUGUCAAAAUUUUCACUCCCUUUCGGAAAAUUCGGACGUUUGGCUCGCGUAGCUGCUGUGCAAAAACAAGGGGCCUUUUGUUGUGUGAAGAGGAAAAUCCUUUUUAAAAAAAAACACCCCCUAUUAAUUAACGAUGGAUCUUUCGAGCGAUGUGUGGAAUCAAGUGGCACUGGAAGCAUCCCAGCUGUACUUCACCGAAGAUGGCAAAAGCCCGUUCGCUAAUACGUCCAUCGAAAAACUUCCGGAUAAGGUAAUCCUGCACAUCUUUUCCUACCUGAGCCAUUUGGAGAUAUGUCGCAUGGCGACGGUGUGCCGCCGCUGGCGAACCAUCGCCUACAACACGCAGCUGUGGAAGAAUGUGUCGCUGCGGCCGGAAGUGUCGGGACUGCACGUGGGAUCGCUCGAGUCGCUGCUGCAGCUCAUCUCGGUGCGGUUCGGACCGUCGCUGCGCUACAUCGAGCUGCCGAUCGAGCUGAUCACGCACACCGUGCUGCACGAGCUGUCCUCCAAGUGUCCGAAUCUGACGCACAUGCUGCUCGACUUCUCGACGGCUAUGCAGCUGCACGACUUUAGCGAAAUGCAAGCCUUCCCGGCCAAGCUGCGGUACAUGUGCAUCUGCCUGUCGGAGGUGAUCUUCAUGGAGGGCUUCAUGCGCAAGAUCUACAACUUCAUCAACGGGCUGGAGGUGCUGCACCUGAUCGGCACGUACGAGAAGUGCGAGGAGGAGGAGGAAGAAAUCUACGAGGUGAUCAACGUGCACAAGCUCAAGUCGGCCACGCCGAACCUGCGCGUGAUCAACCUGUACGGCAUCAACUUCAUCGACGAUUCGCACAUCGACGCGUUCAGCUCGAACUGCAUCCAGCUGGAGUGUCUGGCGGUGAACUACUGCAACAAGGUGACCGGCUCGACGCUGAAGGCGCUGCUCGCCCGCUCGAAGCAGCUCAAGUGUCUGCUGAUGAACGGUACCAGCCUGAAGUCGGAGUACGUGAUGCAGGCGGAAUGGGACAAGUGCUCGGUGCAGGAGCUGGACAUUUCCGGCACCGACCUGUCGACCGAGUGUCUGAUCGAUCUGCUGACGCGCAUCCCGACGCUGCGCUUCCUGAGCGCGGGCCAGAUCAAUGGCUUUAACGAUUCCGUGCUGAAGGCGUGGAUGGAGGGCGGCAACCCGAAGUCGCUGAUCGCGCUGGACCUCGACUCGUCGGACAACAUCUCGGACGAGGCGCUGGCCCGGUUCAUUACCCGGUACGGGGCGCAGCUGCAGGCGUGCGUGCUUUCCGGCAUGACGCACAUCACCGACCAGCUGUGGAUGUCGAUCAUGCCGAUACUGACCAACAUCCGCAUCAUCGUGAUGGGCACGACCGAGCGGCUGGGCGGCAACAUACACGUCGACCAGCUGAUGGAUACGAUCGGCUCGCACUGCACCAAGCUGGAGCGGUUGGAGCUUCGCUGGGAUCCGGAGAACUUGCGCUUCUCCGACAAGAGCCAGAAGGCGAUCGAUUUGCUGCGCGUCAAGUGCUUGAAGCUGCGCUGUCUGGUGCUGAGCGAUGGUCGCUAUUAUGAAACGGUGAAGGCAAACUUUGAGCGUGCCGAUCGUACGACUGUGGUCCGUACCACCACCAGCUGCCGUGUGUCGGCGUACCAUGUGCUGAGCAACUACAACGACUUGGUUUUCAACUGAACGAGCAGAACGGUACUGUCGGCUUCACCGUACCGAUUGUCCAUCAAAGGGUGUGUGGUUUGUUACUAAUCGUUACUAAUUUUGAGACGCAGCUUGUUCGUUCGAAAGAGAAGAACUUUCGUGUUUUUUUAUUGUAAACUAUGUGAAAAAAUUCUGUUUUGAAAUAAACGUUGAUAUUUAUCUUUA